AUGACUUUUCUGAAAAUAGUGUCUUUUUUGAUCCCUGAAUGUGGCGUGCUACCUGAAGUGCUGAAAAGUACUAUCGCAGAUGUUGGAGAGUAUUACCUGGUGAGGAAUUUAUCAGUUCAUGAACUGGUCGCUCAUGAAUUCAUCGAUGCUUUUGUGAAGAAAGGUUCAUGCUAUGCACUUACCUAUAACACAAAAAUUGAUCAAGAUAAUACUGCAGCUCUGCUACCAAAUGGAAAACUAAUUCUAUCAGUGGAUAAGGAUACGUAUGAGGAACUUGGACUGCAGGGUCGCCCUUCUCGGUAUUCUGGCAAAAAAGCAAUGAGAUAUAUUAUAACUAUUGACUUGACUGAUUCCGGCUUUCACCCUGAUAGCAAGAAACAUAACAGAGUGCUUUGGGCCUUGAAAGAAAAGAAACCUUUAGAAUUUGACUUCCUACUGGCUUGGUAUAAUACAGGUGCAGAGGGAUCAACAUUGAUGUCAUACUUCUCAAAAAACCAAAUACAGGCCCUGAAGCCAAAAAUAACAUUCAGCACAUUAAGGGACUUGCAGUGUCCGGUGUUACAAAGUAAUGAACUACAAGGAAAGCCAGAGGAGUCCUGCAGUACUGAGGAACUGUUUGAAUGGCUAGGUGCUGUCUUGAGUCAAGUUACCUUAGACAACAAAUCAUCUAGCUUCUUAUCAACCUAUUGCUGUCCUCAACCCAACACAGUGGUGGAAAAAGCUUUUUUGUGCACAAUCACAGGCUUUAUAAUUCCUGAGAAGAUAAUUCAGUUAUUGGAGCAGCUAUGUUGCUAUUUUGGUGAACCAAAACUGGCAUAUUGGCUGACCUUAACUGUGCAUGGCUUUGCAGACAGCCCUGUUUCCUGGAGAGAAAGUGAACAUGGUUUCCACAAGGGAGGAGAGAACUUGUACAACUUUGUCAUUUUUAGAAAUCUGGACUACUGGCUUCAGAUGGCUGUAGGAGCUCAUGAUGAUUGUCCUCCAUAAAGCUAUAUCUACAGAACAAGUUUUCUAAUAAUCUCAUGUUACUGUAUAUAAACCUAAUAAGAUAGUUUUUAUAAAAGUAAUGAGGUAACAAGUUAUGUA